AUGGCCAUCAAGUUCUUCUUGAUGGUGAAUCGCCAGGGUCAGACCCGUGUGGCGCAGUACUAUACAUACACGGACGUGGCCACGCGUGCUGCUGAUGAGGCGGAGAUUAUCCGAAAGUGUCUGGCUCGGACGGAGAAGCAGUGCUCCUUUAUUGAGUAUCGUACCUUCAAGCUUGUCUUCCGGCGUUAUGCCUCGCUCUACUUUAUCAUUGGCUGCGAUGAACACGAGAAUGAGCUAGCCAUCCUCGAAUUCAUUCACAUGGCCGUCGAGACACUGGAUCAGUACUUUGAUGGCGUUAGCGAACUGGACAUCAUGUUCAACAUUGAAAAGGCGCACUUCAUUCUUGACGAGAUGCUGAGCAACGGAGAGAUUGUGGAGACCAACAAAACGCGCAUCCUCGCCCCUGUUCGCGUGAUUGACCGCUCUGACAAGCUCUCCUCCUGA